AUGCCGUGGUAUACAAAACAGAUGCUGCUGAAACCUAUGUAUCAACAUGUCAUCAGAUCUAAACGACUCAUAUCCACCACUACUACCACCGGACCUCUCCACGGCAUCCGCAUUCUCGACCUCACUCGCGUUCUCGCAGGCCCAUUCUGCACCCAAAUCCUAGGCGAUUACGGCGCCGAGGUGAUUAAAUCGAGUAUCCGCGAGGAGGGGUACGUCCUUCUAACAGAUGAUACCCGCCUAUGGCGCGAAAACAAUGAAUCGAAAUUCUGGACUUCGACCACCUCCGCAAAGUCCAUGUCUCUGUAUUUCAACGCCGUGAAUCGGAAUAAACAGUCUGUCACGUUGAAUAUGAAACAUCCUCGUGGACGGGGGAUUAUUCUGGACUUGGUGAGGGCGGUGGAUGUUGUGUAUUUCUCCCCGCCGAAUCUAUUUACUGAUGUGGAUAAUUUCAUCCCCGGAAAAUUGGAACAACUUCAUCUCGGAUACGAAGUAUUCAAGAGAGAAAACCCAGCUAUUAUCCAUGCCAGUCUUUCCGGAUACGGAAAUACAGGUCCCUACUCCCACCGCGCCGGCUACGACGUAAUCGCCGCCGCGGAAGCCGGACUCCUACACAUAACCGGGGAAGCAGACGGCCCACCGACAAAACCUGGCGUGGGCCUAAUGGAUCUGUGCACGGGACUGUAUCUCCACGGGGCGAUCUGCGCCGCGUUGAUAUCACGGACCCGAACAGGACAGGGCCAGAAGAUCGAAGCGUCACUAUUCGAAACGAGUAUCUCCAUCCUGAAUAAUGUCGGCAUGAGCUGGUUGAAUAUGCACCGCGAGGCGCAACGAUGGGGCACAGAACAUCCCACCAUCGUGCCGUAUGCGGCGUUCCCGACGAAGGAUUCGAGGAUCGUGUUGGGAGCUGUGAAUAAUCGACAGUUUGGGGUGCUUUGUGAACGGUUAGGUAGGAAGGAGUUGGCGCGGGAUGAACGGUUCGUGGAUAAUGAUGCGAGGGUUAGGAAUCGGGUGGAGUUAAAGGGCGUUCUGGAUGGGCUGUUUGUUAAUAAGACGACGGAGGAAUGGUUGGGUGUGUUGGAUGGUAGUGGGAUGCCUUAUGGACCGGUGAAUAAUCUUGAACAGGCGUUUGGACAUCCCCAGGUUCGGGAGAGAUGUAUGGUGCAGACGGUUCAGCAGCGGGAGUCGGCUUCUGGGAGUUUGGAUCUUCUCGGCAUCCCCGUCAAAUUCAGCAAAACGGAACCAUCCAUUAGACAGAGUCCGCCCUCGCUGGGACAAGAUACGGACGAUGUGCUUAGAAACAUGGGCAAGUCGGAGCAGGAGAUAGUACAGCUGCGCAAGGAUGGGGUAUUGUAG